AUGGCUUCCCACAAGAUGAUUAACUACCGGAUGCGCGUAACAUUGAACGAUGGUCGUCAAAUGACCGGUUCCAUGCUUGCAUUUGAUAAGCACAUGAAUCUAGUUCUUGCAGAUACGGAGGAAUUCCGUCGCAUCAAGCGGAAGUCCAAGCCCACCGCCGGUCCCACAAACGCCCCGAUGGUCGAAGCGGAAGAGAAGCGAAGCCUCGGCCUGACUAUUGUGCGCGGUACUCAGGUCGUCUCUUGCUCUGUUGAAGGACCUCCUCCUGCCGACCCCUCUGCCCGACUUGGCACCGCCGGACCCGGCGCAGCUGCCACUCUUGCCGCGGGCCCUGGUAUCAGCAAGCCCGCUGGCCGUGGCCUGCCUAUCGGACUCGGAGGCCCUGCAGCCGGUGUUGGUGGACCCCCACCCCCGGGCGGUUUUGGAUUCCCCCCUGGUGGUUUCCCCGGGGCCCCUCCUCCAGGCUUCGCUGGACGUGCUGGUUUCGCUCCUCCUCCUGGAUUUGCUCCUCAGGGUGGCCCCCCUGCCGGUUUCCAACCUCCUCCUGGCUUCCAGCCUCCCGGUCAGGGGCGUGGAUACCCUCCCCCUGGAUUUGGUGGCAGGUAA